AUGGACCCAGCAACCUCGAUCGGCAUGGUCUCUGGGAUCCUAUCAUUCGUGACAUUCGCCUGGAAACUCGUCAAAGGUGGCGCCGAGAUAUACCGCCAAGGAACCCUCGCCGAAAACGCGACACUCGAAGAUGUCCUUCACCGCGCGGAGGCAUUUCACGUCAGGCUGCAGCAGAUACCGUCAGGGCAAGGGGCCUCCUCCUCGAUGGACGUUCUCCUAUACAACCUGGCAAAGGACUGCCAAACAGUUUCUGGCGACCUUAUCCGCCUUUUAGGAUCUAUGAAGCACCCAGAUACGCAGGGAUUGCAGGCGAAAUGGAAGUUGAUGGUUGCAUCGUGGAACAACGUCAUUCACGCGAAGGAGAGGACAGAGUUGGAGGAGAAAUUGGGUCGAUGCGAAACCCGGCUGUCUGCGGUUCUAAUAUACUCCUCAAGCGUUUCCAUCUCGGAUCUCGGCCAUGCCGCGGAAAAGAACAGCACCAUCCUCGUCCAGCUUCUGACCAACGUGGAUGAGCUCAAGCGGGAACUCCAAACCCAGAACGGCGACCGGUCCUGGAUGGACGGCCGCGACCGAAAGGCCAUUGAAACCCUUAUUGGAAGGCAAGAAGAAGUUAUCCACAAAGUUGCCCACUCCAGAAUUUUGCGAGCACUUCGGUACCAGAACAUGAGGGACCGUGAUGAUAGUUUGCAAGAACACCUCGAUAAUAUACAACAGCAACUGCGAACCGUCGGUGGCUCCUACAGUUGGCUUUGCGGGCCCGAAAUUGAUUCUCUGCCCGAAGAUGCCGAAGAAGCCGCCAUGAUGAAAGACGCCCGUGACAAACUCCGUCAAUGGCUCUCUUCAGAUGGCGGCAUAUUCCACAUCGCUGGAAAGUUCGGUUCCGGAAAAUCAACCCUGAUGCAACUUCUUCGCAAUCAUCCAGAAAUCACGAACCAGUUGGAGAGAUGGGCGGGCCAAAGAACUUUGGUCAAACCUGCCUACUUCUUCUCGGUCAUGGUUGGUGGGCCCCAGCAACAACUCAGCGGCUUGUUCAAGACACUUCUGCAUGACAUCCUUAAGGAGUGCCCCGAGCUGGCGCCAGAGGUCCUACCUGAAAUAUGGAGAACAGCGCUCGACCAGCCAUGGCAAGCGAGCGGGACACACCUUACAAUCAGCCCGUCACUUGUUGAAGCUGCCCUCCGCAAAAUCAUCUGCGAUGAGCGGUUUUCCACUCAGUACUGUUUCUGUAUUUUCAUCGACGCCCUGGAUGAAUACCAAGACUCUGGUGGCAGGGAUCAAACUGAUCUGGUUGACUUGUUACAUGAGUGGGCUCCAGAAACCAGUGAGAACGUGAAACUGUGCGUGGCUAGCAGGGAGGAACCUGCGUUCUACAAUAAGUUUCCUGUUAACGCCACCUUACGCCUUCACGAGUUGACCCGGUUUGACAUGCGGCGUUUCGUAAUGCAACGGCUGCCCAAGAUUCCCGAAGAUGUCAGAAACUCAAUUGUGGAGGAGAUCCCUCAAAAAGCGGAAGGGAUCUUUUUGUGGGCGACUUUGGUUAUUCAAGAGAUCCGUGAGGACUGGGAGUCUACCGGCGAAGUGGACAUUCAUGUUCUCGACAAGUUCCCAGCUGGAUUCCGGCCGUUGGUCGACAGGAUCUACUCUUUCCUUGAAGAGUAUUGUAGGGAUCCGUCGUUUGCCCAUAGAAUGGCCAUUGUGAACUGGGAAGAUUUCGGGCUGGUGGAGACGCACCAAACGGAGGAGCACUAUUAUUCCGACACCGAGGACUGUCGGAUUAUUGAGUCGCCCGCGAUAAGCCCGGUAAUUAACUUCGCGCACCGGUCGAUCCUGGAAUAUUUCCGGGAUCCUCUAAUCGAAGAGAGGCUGAUGGAUGCUGUCGGCUUUUCAUCGCUCACUGAGGUGGCCGAUGCGAUAUGCCAAACCUUCUUAGCUGAGCUUAGCUUUGGCAGUGCCUUUAGCCACCAUCACAACAAGGAUUUUCUGGAGGGUAUUGAGGAAUUACCCUUUUACAAACACGGUGAGGUGAUGGAAUGGACCCUGCGCGAAUGGAUCGAAUGGCUCGACGUCCCAAACAAGAACACGCUCCUUCAGCUCGUCAAUGAGAGGCUUGCUGCGAAUGCCAUUGGUGCGGCAGACCCGACUGGCGACGCGCAACUAACUGGGACACUCGAAAACGGUACCUCAAAACUCCUUGGCGCGCCUGACACAGAAUUGGACCGCUCUGGGAAGGAACCCGAGGUAUCUGCUGUUGACCCGCCAGCCGCUGGGGAUAGCGUCUCACAACCCGGGUCAGGAGGUGAAAAUACGCCGGAUGGGGAAGUGGAGGAGUAUGGAGGGGAGAUGGAGAAAAGCGAUGAGGAAGGUAGUCAGGCGGAGACUCAGGAGAAAGGUCAAGGGGAUUCCCGCGAGACACCUCACAAAGAGGAAGUACUGGGAGAAGAGGAUCAGAGAGCAAGCGACGCACCAACCGCCAACACCGAGCAGCCCGGGGUGGAGAAGUUGGACCAUGGUCUUGUCGAAACCUUGAGGCGUGUUGCAGUGGAUAGGGACAUGGUUGGGUACCUGCUGACUUUUGUUAUGGGUUCGAUCUUUGCGAUGUUGGUCUCUUAUGUUUUGUGA